UGGGGGUUGUGUGUACCUGUGCGUUCCGGCUUUCUCAGAAACGAGGCGUGUCUGUCAAGUUGAGUGGCGAGCGCCUCCAGUGUCCGGGCCACGAUUCGAUCUCCUCAUUCUCGCGCACAAAGCGAACGAAGAAGACUUCCUCCGCCACAUACUUCACACACGCGCACGCACGCGCGCGGCCGCAUGCAUUGCAACCCUGCUAGGCACGCACACUUGCACAUAAUAGACGGGCGGCUGCGUAAUGUUGGAGUGAUUACGUGCACACACAGAGCCGGUGGGUAGGGGCUACGUUACGGAAUAAGGCUGCGUUCACGCGCGCGUACGAAAAAGACAACAGCAGAUGAUGGUGCUGGGGUCGGCGUAUCGGAGGUUAUUUAUGGGCGCGCGUAAUUACGCGAUGUGCCAACACUUGAAGAGGCUUUGAACGUCUGGACGUUUCAUCGUGUAGCAGUGUACGACACACACACACACGCGUCUUUAUACACAUCCCUACAAAGCACACGCGGUGUAUAGCAACCACCAUGAAGACGGCGGCUGAACCAGCUGGGCGCGAGCCUGCCGUGUUCACUUUCGACUUUCGCACCCUCAACAGGGAGACCCCGCUGGAGAGGGAGGCCCGUUUGGCCGACACAUUCCGGUCCCGACUGCUGCGCCUGCAAGCGCGCGGCUCCCCGGGGAUUCUAUCGCACUCGGCUCGCCCCAACGUCCUGCUGAACCUGCAUCAGCAGCAACAGCAGCAGCAGCUCCUGCAGCAGAGCCUCCUGACCCAGCAGGCGGAGUUCGGAACGUGGGCGCCCUCGCUGCUCCCUCUGCCCGAGGUCGGGCCGCUGGAAGAUGCCUUUCUGCCGUACAGCAUCCUCCACGAGCUGCCCAGCCGCACCGUGGGGCGCAGGCAGGCUCACUGCCUGGCCCCACGCUUCUGUGGGCCACUCUCGGCCCGCAUCUUCCGCUUCCCACAGCCGAGCAGCGCCCUCCUGCGCAUGGCCACCACCCCUGGAAUCUCUGUCGACGGAACCAUUGACGAGGAAGACGACGAUCCGAGCGCAGUGGACGCGGGCGUGGUGAAGCAGCUGGCGUUCCUGGCGCCGUCGGAGCGCCUGCACGCGGUGCGCAGCUUGACGCUGGCGCUGGCGACGCGGCGCCGGUACCGCCUGCAGGCCAUCACCGAGACGGCGAUUUGGAGGGGCCGCCCUGACACCAAACUGGAAGCCCUGCAGGAGCGGACGGGGACCCUCGUCCAAUCGCUGGUGCAGUCUGCCCAGGACUGCGUGUCACUGGUGACGAGGCCCCUCGCCCCGUGGCACACGAGCCUGCGCGAGGUGAGCGGCCGCUUUGGCACGGGGGUGAGCUCCUACUUCACGCUCAUCCGCACGCUGCUCGCCUUCAACCUCCUCGCCACCGUGCUCUUCGCCGCCUUCCUCGUCACGCCGCAGCUCCUCGUGCGGGCGCACGGCGACGCUGGCGGGCAGUCGGACGAGGAGGGAGCUGGGACAAGUGCCCGUGGCAACGGGACCCGUGGAAACGUUUCCCGCGAGAACGCCGCUCGCGGGAAUGGGACUGGUCCGGUCGCCUUCACCGGCCUGGAGCUGCUCACGGGCACGGGCGCUUUCACCCACAGCUCCUUCUACUACGGAUUCUACUCCAACGAGACGUUGAGCUGGUGGACGAGCGGCGGCGAGGAGGCCCCGGCAGCCAACGCGACGGGGCCCCAGGGGUCCCCGGCGUCGCGGACGGAGGACCCCUCCUACAACAUGCAGCUCGCGUACCUCUUCACGAUGGCGGCGUACCUGCUCACGUGCGUGUUCGUGCUGCUGUUCUGGCUGGGCCGGUCGUUCAGUGAGAACUACCUGCGCGGCGGUGAGAUCGGCUUCUACUCGCGCAAGGUGUUCACCGGCUGGGACUUCGCGCUGACGAGCAGCAGGGCCGUGCACGUGACCCGCCGCAACAUCGGCACCUUCCUCAAGGAGGUGCUUGCCGAGGGGGCUCGCCGUAAUCUGGGCAGCCCGCGGGCACGCUGGAGCCGCCGGCUGCUGGCCCGAGCGCCCACCUGGCUCCUCUCCAUGGCGCUCGCAGCCGGCUCGGCGGCCGGGUUGCAUUUCCUCUGCCAGAGCGCCGACGCGCUGGAGCGGCGGGGCGAGGCGCUGUGGCUCGAGGCGUCGCUGCUUCUCGUGCCGGCGGUGGCCUGCCUGGUGAACACGCUGCUGCCGCCCGUCUUCACGACCCUCACGCACCUGGAGGGCUAUCACAGCCCGCGGCACGGCGUCUACGCCAGUGUCGGACGGAACCUGCUGCUCAAGGUGUCUCUGCUGGCCGUGCUGUGCUACGAUUGGCUCCAGCGCUCGCCCGUCCCACACAGCGAGUGCUGGGAGACGCGGCUCGGCCAAGACCUGUACCGCCUGGUGGUCAUGGAUUUCAUCUUUUCACUCCUGGGAACGUUCUUCAUCGAGUUCGUGUGGCGGUUGCUUCUGUCGUCGUCAUCGUCAUCGUCGUCAUGUAGGGGGAAGACUUCGUCCGAGCUGGAGCAGCAAGGGUCGCACAAGCCCGAGUUUGACAUCGCGAGGAACGUGCUCGACCUCAUCUACGGACAAACGCUCGCGUGGCUCGGCAUCUUCUUCGCUCCCCUGCUGCCGCUGGUGCAGCUGAUCAAGCUGAUCAUCCUCUUCUAUGUCAAACGGAGAAGCCUCUACCUCAACUGCCAACCGCCCACCAAACCAUGGCGUGCCUCUCAGAUGUCCACCAUCUUCCUGCUCCUGCUCUUUUUCCCGUCGUUCUUCAGCGUCGUGGCGGUGGUGGCGGUCACCAUGUGGACGCGUGAACCUUCUCCGGGGUGCGGGCCGUUCCGCGGGCUCCCGCUGGCGUACGACGCCGUGCGGCGCUGGGCCGCGGCGCUCCCCUUCGGCUCGGCGGCGAUCGCCUGGAUCUACCACAACCUCGUCGAGAGCCCAAUCUUCUUCUUCGCGGCAACAAGCCUCGUGCUAUUAAUCAUCUACAUCAACGUGCAGAUUUUGGCUGCGCAGAGGCACGUGAUUGAUCUGCUGCAAGCGCGCAUUGAGCACGAGGGCCAGGACAAGAUAUUCGUUCUGGAGAAACUGCGGGAGGAGCACAAGCGGCAGAUGGAAGUGAAGGCGGCGAGGCAGAGCAAGCGGAGUCGACGAAAAGACAAGAAAAACUACAGCGCGCAGAUGUGGCCCUGCCAAGCAGACUUAUCCUGAGAAGAUGUGAAACGUGGACCUUACCUAUCACCUGUGUGCUCUUGGAUUGCCGCCUCUUGAACAUCACUGAGCCAGAACAUAAUGUGGGUUCACAACAUUGUAUAUUUUGUAUUUUU